CACGCUGAUUGGCUCGUUCAAAAAUAACAUGUACUCCACCGCGCCAUUUAAAUGUUUUAAAAGUCGUGUGUUUCCCGUGUUUAUCACAAGUGAAGAAUAAGUGAAAAGAGAAUUAGCAACACGCCUGAUCAACUGUCUUUGUCUCGUAGAAGGUAGCUUAGAAUAAGCAUCAUGGGAUCCAGUGAGAGCAAGAUGGUUGUUUGUGCACCAAUAAAACCAGAACCAGCAAUCAAAAACAGUCGAGUCAGUGAUCUGAUAGAUCCACGCUCGCCAUCAACUGCAAUCAGUCGUACACCCAUUCAGGUCGGUGUGUCCAAAACUGAAUGUCCUCUGGCAUUCACGGAUCCCCGCUCACCUACUAUUGGCAUUAGUCGCACCCCUGUCAGAGAAGUCAUGAGAGCGACAGUUGGGUCCUUUGCCCGCCGUCUGGGCAUGCUUUUGCACAGUGAAACUGAAGCCAAAGUUCCUGCAGCCUCUCAGAAAUGCUUCAGUGAUGCUGUAGAGGAGGAGGAAGUCUUUGAGCGUGAAGAGCUGGCUUCCUCUGAGCCCCUCCUGACGUCUCCGCGUUCCAAGGACUUUGGCUCCAUGGCUGAGCAUGCUAACCUCCUGUCCACCCCUGUCCGGCCCCCUAUGGAAAGUGUGGCUAACUCGAGCCCCUUUGUGCUUCUUGAGGAGCCCCAAGUGGAGGUGGAGUUGGAAACCGAGCCAGACAUUAGCUUAGAGGAGGCGGAAGAAGCAAGAGAGUCUCCUCUUCACAAGAGGCUGAGCAUGAGCCUGAUAACCUACCACGAGGGAGCGACCUCAUCCCAGAUCUUUGCUGAGGUGCACUGUGACAGUACUUCAUCCCCAGAGCCCAGUGUGGAAGUGGAGAUAUUGAGUGACGGUGUGGAUCAUUCUUAUGCCAUUCCUGUUGUCACUGUUGAACCAGCGUCUCCCAUUGAGCCUUCCCUCCCCACUGAUUCAGAGGGUUCCCCUGCUCCGUCAGAGGAAGCAGAGCCUUCUUCUGAGGAAACCCAGAAGCUUGUUGAAGAAUCUUCUCUGCCUUCCGCGCCAGAGCCGCCCACCGUCCCCAGCCCAGAGCAGCCACCGCCCAGCACCGGCAUCCGCUGCCCCUCCUUCGACUCAAAGAGCCCCAGUCAGGUGGUGUUCAAACCACAGUGGUUGGGAAAAGGUUUUGGCGCCACUGGGCAAAAAGCUAGACAAGCACAUGGUGGAAAGGGAGGCUCUUCUCCUCUUGCUGUCCGUGUGGCCACGAGGAAAAUCACCAAUGAAAACAAAAGACAGUCUGGGAAACUGAAGCAAAAAGGUACAGAAGGGCGCUCCCCGCUGCAGAUCCUGAAGGGCACCAACUCACCCAGAGAGCAGCGUACUCAGAUGAAGCUGAAGGUGUCCACCCCAGAUAAGCAGAGGAUUGGGCAAAUGGACCGCAGAGUGCUGGCAGUGUCUCUGGAUCAGGAGAACAGAUGAUUCACUGCAGCGACGUGUACAGAAUCCUGCCAUUUUUAUAUCUUUUGGAACAGGCUUUUAUGUGUACAGCAUUUCUUCAACUUUUUUUUCCGCUUGUGUAUAUUCCUUUUAUCAUUGCAGUUUUCUAUCCUGUUUUGUCUUCUUGUAAAUAUAAAUAAAAGUAUUUGCAUUAUUACUUGAGCUUUAAAUCUUUGAUAUUGACUACUUUGACCAACUAGUUUGGGUAUUUUCUUUCUCUUGUGGUUUCCUUGUUUUUUUCUGCGCUACAUUUUUUGACUUGUAAAUUGUCAAACUUAACUUUUAUAAUAAAAGCACAAAAAGUA